AUGGCUGGCCCUCGGAUAGUUAUGUCAAGCUCAAACCUUUUCCGAUCAGUCAGAGCUUGUCGGCCGACUACGUAUUGUUCAAUCCGACAACAGCCAUCUACCUCCUGCAAUGGCAACUCAGCCUUUCACACCGCUCCUGUCCGAAAGCAAGAGACCUACCAACAAAGAUAUGGAAACGCUGCAGAAGCUCAUUUACCUCCUCCACCACGCCCCAAGGAUGACAUUUUACCAAAGAAGCAGGAAUUAGCCCGGAAAGGAGCAUCCACUUCAGACACCGCCCAACAAGACCAGAAAGAUACGUCGUCAAAUCUUGCAUCUGGAACAAACUCGUCGAAGAAUGUUGCCGAAGAACGUGCGGCAACAAGCUCGGAUACACGAAAUGUGUCUUCACAGCAGGAGGCCAGGGAAGUGAAAGAGGAGAAGCCAGUAACUCCUCUGGACAUUGUUCUACAGGCUACCCAUCCAUCGGAAAUGUACGGCGAGCAGCAUAGACAUCCUCAUCUUGCGCCUUCUCCUUACGAGCAUCAUUUCGAUACAUAUUCGUUAGUCCAGGAUCUGGCCAAAGGUGGCUUCAGCGAGGAGCAAGCAGUGACAAUUAUGAAGGCUAUACGACUCAUGCUAGCGGUAAACCUGGACCUUGCUAAAGACGGGCUUGUCUCGAAGUCAGACGUCGAGAACGAAACCUAUCUGUUCCGCGCUGCCUGUAGCGAGUUGCGCACCAGUCUACAGACCUCCCGGCAUUCGGCAAGCCAAAGCCAGAGGACACAAAGAGCACAACUGCAUCACGAGUUUGACAUUUUGAAUCAAAAGGUCACCCAAGACAUGCUUACAUUACGGGAGGAACUGAAAGCAAUGUUCAAUGACAGGAAGAUGGCUGUCCAGGAAGAAAAACGAAGACUAGACUCAAAAAUAUCCGAGCUAGGUUAUGAAAUCACGGUCCUUUUGAACAGCGAUAGCAAGAGCGAAGUAGAAGGUUUACGUUGGGUUCUGACCAGGAGGGCUGCUAUGGCCAUUGCGAUAGCUGCUUUGAUGACGCUGAUAUCGUUGAAUUACUCUUCACAUGUAAUGCGCCAGAAAGAGGAAGCAGAGAAGAAGAUUGCGGCGGCAAAGAAGAAGGUAGCUGAAAGAGACGAAGCUCGAUAUACCACUCCAGCCCGGGAUCAAGGCACCCAGACGCCUUCCACUCUUGCUGAGUCCUUAGGCUGA